UGUCGCCCCGCACCCGCGCACGAUAAUCAUCGCCGGCAAGUUCGAAUUCGCGCCGUUCUAGAAAACGUUUCUUCUACUUUGUUUAUAAGUAUCGAUGAUCAUCUUUUCGUCAAGUUUUUUUUUAUCGAAAAUUCAUUGCCCUUUUAAUUCCAAGAUACAAAAUUAUUAGUGUACCUAAAUUUACAAGUUUAUUUGACCCUCUGUACGAAAUACAAUGGCAAAUUAUAUCUAUGCGCAAAAUCGUAUGUCGCGACGUGCAAAAACGGUGUGGCAGCACCGUCUUCAUCUGCCCGUCGACCCGUUCCGCGAGUAAAUUGCGACUCGCCAGUCGCGAGAACUGUCGAGAGAAUCUUCGCAUAUAUAAAAGUGUACCUAUCUUAUACCUAUACUGCUGCCACUUACGGCUUACGUGUGUUUUUGCAAGCCUUUGUUUACCUCGGCCACUCCGGCCUGCGUUGUACAUACAUUGUGAUAAGCCGUACGUGCCUAUCAGGGAGCUAAGAUUCCAAUAUGUCACUGCCAAUAAGCAGCGAGCUACUAACACAAUUCAAAGUUUUCAUUGAGUUGUGUAAUAAGCAGCCGUCGAUCAUAAACCAUCCAGACUUGGCCUUCUUCAAGAACUUUGUAGAGAGAUUGGGAGGUAAAGUUCCAAAAGCAGAAAAAGAUGAUGAGGAUACUCGUGAAUCCUUUGAUAAGGAAGCUAAGGCUGAACCAGAACCAGAACCAGAGCCAGAGCCAGAAAGCGAAGAGAGCGAGGUGGAACUGGACAUGACUGGGGUCAUAGAACCAGAUAAUGAUCCUCCGCAACCUAUGGGUGACUCUGAUCUGCAGCCAACCGAAGAGCAGAUCGAGGAAUCUCAUGAAAAACGUUCACAAGCUGUAUCUGCAUUUGUUGAGAAGGAUUAUGAAAAAGCUAUCAAAUUGUACACGGAAGCAAUUGAACUCAAUCCACAGGCCUCUCUUUUAUAUGCUAAGCGUGGACAAGUAUAUUUGUUACUCAACAAGCCAAAUGCCUGUAUUCGUGACUGCAACCGAGCUCUUGAACUGAAUCCAGACAGCGCUGCUGCACACAAAUUUCGUGGAAGAGCUAAUCAACUGCUUGGUAAAUUUGAGGAGGCAACAAAUGAUCUCAGGAAGGCUUGCAAAUUUGACUUUGAUGAGCAGGCUGACGAGUGGCUGAGAGAAGUUACUCCUAAUGCGCGCAAGAUCGAGGAGCACAAGCGCAAGAGGGAACGCAAGCAGAUGGAGCGCCAGGAACGCGAGAAGUUGGAGCGACUGAGAAAGAUACGCGAAGCUCAGGCCAAGGCACGCGAACAGCAGCAGCAGCAGCAGGCAAGUAGCCCGGCUGAUGGGGAAGCUCCAGGUGCUGGCGUCGGAGGCCCCGGUGGUAUGCCGCAGUUUGCUCAGUUCCUUAACGAUCCCGAAGUACUACAAGCCUUCCAGGACCCAGAAGUUGCCGAGGCAUUCAAGGAUAUCUCGGCAAACCCGAGUAACAUCUUCAAGUACCAGUCCAACCCGAAAGUCAUGGCACUCAUAAAUUCGGUAUUCUCCAAGAACAUGGGCCCGCGCGGAUAAAUUUAUCGAGUUUUGAUCAGAAUUUCCGUACUGCUGAUCUAAUUAUUUGAUAUUAAAGAAAACUCUAUAAAAAUCGUAUAUAUUUAUCAAGCUUUGUAUAAGAGUUACGUUGCACGUUUGAAUUAAUGCAUUACUAGCGUAGAUAUUUUCUCUUUGAAUAGUUAUUGUUAGUUUGAAUAGGAUAAGUUUUAUAGAUUUUGCAUCUUCAUUGCGCAAUAAAUUUUUUCGUUGGAUAAAAGCAUUCAGAUUCAUUUAUAGAUAACAAGUCAUAAUACAGAAUAAAAAAAUAAAUAAGAAGUUUAUAAUAAAAAUACAAGGACGCGAAACAGAACGUAAUAUGCAUUUUCAAGUUUUCUCUUUAUGAAACAUAGUCUGUUCCCAACAGAAGUAAUCCAGAUUUUUAUGAAUGAAGUAACAGUAAAUUUGUUAAUGUUGAUUUAAUAAUAACUGAGUUAUUUGACGACGGUCUACUAUAAAUAAAACGGUUAUAUCGACAUAAAAUGUCGGAAAUGUUUCUCAUAAAGAGGUUCUUGUAAAAUAACGGAGAACUAGUAUUCGACACCAAUUCUUAGCCGCCUUAGCGUGAAUACAUCAAAGAAUACAUUGUUCGUUUGGUACUUGAUACAAAGUUACAAUAAAAAUUAAAGCAGAAA